CGUCAUUUACGUCGAAAAGGACUGUUUGUUCUGGAUUUGGGGCGAGGAAGGUCUGCGAGCGCUGACAACCGACUGAAGAAGGCGUGACACUCGGCCCUCUAUCUGUGUGUUGUGGUUUCCUUGCCCCCCAGCGUGUCACUGAAAAACCUCCAGUGUUACCUCAGGAAAUCGUCGCCCUGUCAGCUGAGAUAUGAUCCCGCAAUUGGAUUAGAUCGCAGCUGCAUAGCAACAAACAUAGUUGAGUGAGGAGUGUAAUGGCCUGAGGGGGGUCUCCCCCGGUCCCACCUGCCCCAGCCAGGUCCUAUCUACUCAAACUGUCCUAUCAGUCACUGCAACCCACCACCGCGAUGGGAGACGGACUGGAGGCUGGCAGCAGCCAGAACCCUCCCUCUGCCCCGCCAACUCUCUCCUUCAACCCUCCACCCCCAGAAACAUGGAACCCCUCCAGACCCAAACGACAGACCAACCAGCUACAGUUCCUGCUUAAAGAGGUGUUGAAGACAUUGUGGAAACACCACUUUGCAUGGCCCUUUCAAGCUCCUGUAGAUGCCAUCAAACUCAAUUUACCUGACUACUACAAGAUCAUCAAGACCCCGAUGGACAUGGGCACGAUAAAAAAACGUCUGGAGAACAAUUACUACUGGAAUGCCCAGGAGUGCAUCCAAGACUUCAACACAAUGUUCACAAACUGCUACAUCUACAACAAGCCUGGGGAUGAUAUUGUCCUAAUGGCGGAGGCCUUGGAAAAAGUCUUUCUCCACAAGAUCACAGAGAUGCCGCAGGAGGAGAAGGAGAUCACUGUGGUCACCAAGGGACGUCGAGGCAGACGAGAAGGAGGUGUGAUCAGCAAGUCAGAGUCAGGCCAAGACUCAUCGUCCCCCUCCACCACCCCACACACACGGGGCUUUUCAUCCCCUUCAACCACCCCGCACACCCGGACUGCACCCACCCCUCAAGGCCCUCCUGCCCUGUCCCUGGCUCAGCCUCUGGCUCUGCCCAUGGCUCUGGCCCAGGCUCAGCCCCCGCGUGUGCCUCCUACACCCGCUUCCCACGCACCCCAUCUGGGUCCCCCAUUUCCCCUCUCAACACCUGACGUCCUGGCCCAGGGCAUGACCUCUGUUCCCCCUCCAGCCCCGACACACCCAGGCCUCCAUCCUGCCCCGAUGCUGCAGAGCUCCCCCGCCCUCGUCAAGCAAAGAAAGAGCCAGAAGAGGAAAGCAGACACCACCACGCCCACAGCCAACGACCAGCUCAGUGAAUCAUCUCCCGUCUCUGCUGAGACUCGGCCGCGGCGAGAGAGCAGCCGCCCGUCUAAGACACCCAAAAAAGACACCUCGCAGCCGGACUCUCAGCAUCACCUGGGAGGCGGUUUGGAGACGGGAGGGACAGUUACGCAGAAGCGACAGGAUCAGUUGCGUUUUUGCGCACGCCUCGUCAGAGAGAUGCUGUCUAAGAAACAUGUAGCAUAUGCUUGGCCCUUCUACAAGCCUGUUGAUGUAAAAGCUCUUGGCCUCCACGACUACCACGACAUCAUCAAGCACCCCAUGGAUCUCAGCACCAUCAAGAAAAAGCUAGACAACAGACAAUACAGAGACCCUCAAGAACUUGCAGCAGACGUUCGGUUGAUGUUCUCCAACUGUUACAAGUACAAUCCCCCGGACCAUGAUGUGGUCAACAUGGCACGCAAAUUACAGGACGUUUUUGAGAUGCGCUUUGCCAAAAUGCCUGAUGAGCCAGAGGAGCCCACCCCUGUUCCCACCCCGUCAUCGGCCCUCCACCCUGCCCCCUCCACUCGACAAGCCCCGCCUCCUUCUGCUGUCUCGGAAGACGACAGCUCCAGUUCGUCCGAAUCGGAGUCCUCGGGAGGAGACUCAGAACACGAAAGGCAACAUCGGUUGGCUGAGUUACAGGAACAGCUCAAGGCUGUCCAUGAACAGCUGGCAGCACUCUCACAGCCCCCGGCCAGCAAGCCCAAGAAGAAGGAGCGGGAGAAGAAGGAGAAGAAGAAAGAAAAGCACAAGAAGAAGAUGGGAUCUGAGGAACCUGUGGAGGCGCCUCCGUCUGUGAUGCUUCAGACAUCUAAGAAAAGCAAGAGCAGCAAGGAUCCAAUAAUUGGAAAGAAGGAAAGAAAAAAGACGGGUAAGAAAGAAGGAGUUAAAAACAGUCGUCCAGCUGCGCCCCCUCAGCCUGUGCCAACUCCUCUCGUCCCCUCAGCCUCUCUUGAAGCAGAAGAUGAAAUAGAAGCAUUUGGGGGCGUGUCAGUCGAAAGAUGCAAGCCGAUGUCGUACGAGGAGAAGCGCCAGCUGAGCCUGGACAUCAACAAGCUGCCCGGUGACAAACUGGGCCGCGUGGUGCACAUAAUCCAAACGCGUGAGCCUUCGCUGAAGAACUCCAACCCGGACGAGAUCGAGAUCGACUUCGAGACGCUGAAGCCCUCCACGCUGAGAGAGCUGGAGAAAUACGUCUCCAGCUGCCUCAAGAAGAAGAAGAAGCCGUCAGUAGAGAAGUCUCUGGAAAUGACAAAUGUGACAAAGAUGAAGACAGGAUCCUCAUCUUCAGGCAGCAGUGACUCCUCUGACAGUGAAGACUCUGAGAAUGGGCUGGUUCCCAAGAUGCAGAAGAAGGUCUUGUCUAACAAAGACACCAAGAGGCUGCACCAAAUGACCCACAGUAGCGGAGCGGGCCCAGUCCCUCCUCAGCCUCAGCCCCAGGUUCAGCCUCAAGUGGUCCAGUCCAAACCACCGUUUGUCCCCCCUCCUCCUGUUCAGUCUUUAGACUCCUCACAGCUAAUGAGCUCCGGAUUUGAUCCUCUGGCUCAGUUCAUGAACCCUCACCUGACGCAGUCGAACACAGAGCCCAAUCCAACCAUUACUACUGCUGGUGCCCCCGUCGGGUCUGGCCUCCUCAAUGCAAACACACCCACCGGCCAGACGCCCACUGAGACACACCCUUUCCUAAACCAACAUCCCAUCAUACCUUCGCCAGCGAUCCACAAUGCUCUUCCCCAGCAACCAUCGAGACCUAGCAACCGAGCAGCAGCACUUCCUCCAAAACCCUCACAGCCCCCCGCGUCCUCGCUCCCCUCCCUGCCACCAGCCACCUCGCCCCAGCUUCAGCCUACGCUUCCACUCACUCUGCCCCAGCCCGUCCCUCGCCCUCGCGUCCCUUCACCCCCGUCGCACGGCAUCUUGGGCACCCUCUCAGCACAACCUCCCCAAGCCCUGCUGGAGGACGACGAAGAGCCAACUCCCACCAGUUCUCAAACCCCGCCCCUCAGUCAAGUUCACACCUUCUUGCAGUCACUCCAGGCCCGACCCACCGCGCCAACGCAGCCGCUGCAUACGCACACGCAUUCGCCCGCGCAGGGCGCCUCUCAGCUGAUGGCGUCGAUGCACACACAGGCUGUGACAACCCCGACCCCCGCCCUGACACAGAGACACAGCUCAGGCCACGCGCACAUGCGCCAGCCGUUCCCACCUACACAUACGUCAGCGUCACAGCAGCAGAAGGGGGUGGCCCUGCAGCAGAAGGUACAACAGAUGCAACAUCAACAACAGCCAUCGCCACGCAGCAAAGCAGAGCCUUUCUCAACAGGUUGCCUGCGUGAGAGUCCCUCUCCCCUGAUGAUGCAUUCUCCUCAGAUGCCUCAGUUCCACACAAUGGGACAGCAGUCACCCUCACAGACCAAGAAACAUGAGCAGAGGUCCAACCUGGUGGCAGUCAAAGAAGAGAAGCCUUCUCAGUCGCCUGUCCUGCCCCCCUCGCCGUUCAGCCCUGCCAUGCGUCAAGACACACACAAACACGACAACAAACACAGAUUAGACCUGAAGCCACUGGAUGGAUCUCGCCCAAGUUCUCGCCUCCCUGACUCCCCAGCUCCACCCUGCUCCCAGCAAGACAACAAAAUCAAGCAAGAGCCCAAAACUCCUAUUGCUCCCAAGAAGACACAGGAUGUGAAGUUAAAGAACAUGGGUUCCUGGGCCAGCCUGGCUCAGAGGUCUCAGUCCACGCCGGCGUCCUCCGUGCGCUCCUCCAGCGACAGCUUUGAACAGUUCAGACGGGCCGCCAGGGAGAAGGAGGAGAGGGAGAGGCAGCUGAAAGCACAGGCUGAACAGGCCAGGAGAGAGCAAGAAAAGCUACGCCGUGAUGACGAGGACACCAUGGAGCAAGCUCGUCGAGCGCAAGAAGAUGCCCGCCGUCGCCAGGAGCAACAGUCACCGCUUGCUCCCACACCUCCGGCUUCCACCCCGCCCACUCACUCCCCACAGGCCCCACCCACACAGCCACAGGUGCCGCCCACACCCUCCUCUGCGACGCAGAACACUCUCGACCAGAGGGAGAUGGCACGCCGCCGCGAGCAGGAGAGGCGCAGGAGAGAGGCGAUGGCCGACACCAUUGACAUCAACUUCCAGAGCGACCUGAUGGCCAUUUUUGAAGAGAAUCUGUUCUGAAAGGGAAAAAGCAGAUGAUAGGAGUGAGAGACGGACCUAUAGACACACAUACGUAAAUAACAUCAGUACAAACAUGCAUAUAAACCACGAUGCUCUGAUAUACACGGUCGCUGCUCACACACGCACACACUCACACACACACUCACACACACUCACAGACUUGAUAGUAACUGUCCCUUUCUCUCAGUAGUUGAAACAGCUGGCUUGUGUCAUGUGAAUGAGAGGGGGGAAGUGAAACUGAAAUAAGCAGCCCUGUUUUCCUCCAACCUCAGAUACGUUUUGGUGUCUGGCUUGGCGUUUAUGGUUGCUGGUUCUGGGUCUCCCGGAGCGACAGGUGGAAAACGGAGAGCGAAAUAAUCAGAUAGUCGGCUCCCUCGGGGGAAACGAGAAAGGCAGAAUGAAAAGGAGGGGACAGAACUUUUACAUUUUUAAAAUAAAAUAAUGGCGGCGAAGAGGAUUUAAUUUAAGAAAUUGUGUGGAAAAAUUACGAAAAACCUUGUUCUCUAAUGUCGAAGAGAAGAGAAGAGGGUUUUAAAGGAACGGGUGAACAAAUUACAAAUGGACAGAUCACUUUUUGUUUUUUCCUCUCUCCUAAUCUCGUCUCUGUUUUUAUUUUAUUUUAAGUUGGAUUUUAACUGGGAGGGGGGGCGGGCUGGUGUGGUCUAGUUUGUCAGGUCCAGUGGUCAUCUGAGAGUCGGUUGUUUUCUCAGGACACAGUGGGAACGCAACACCCCGGCCACAUUCACACACUUUUGUAAGGCAUCUUUCCUCCCUUCACCUCCUUCUGUUUCUCUCUCUUCAGUCACUAAUUGGAGAGGUGGAGGCUUCGACCUGUUGAACAUCCCGGGGGCGAUGAGGAGGGAAACGAUGGCAUUUUAAAAGUUUCAGAGUGUGACCUUUGCCUUAGCGCUCUGGCCUGUAAACUAACAAUCAUACCCUACAAAUUAUACAUAUUAUAUAUAUAAAUAGAUACAUGAAUAUAUAUUAUAUACGACGAAAUGUCAACGAAAACGAACAUGAGAGGAAUUUGGAUUUCGGGGAGCAAAGCUCGUCUCUGUGUUCAUCUCUGAGCUCUGGUUUUGAUUUUGUAGAAUUUACUGUAAAGAAGAAAAAAAAACUUUUUUAUGAUUCUAUUGAGAGGAUUGUUUUUCGUCUGUCUUAUUCUCUCUCAUACCUUUUCUGUUUUUUUUUUCUCAACUCUAUGCCAAAACCAAUCUAUUGAGUGCUGAAAGUUCAUUCACAUUUUUUACAUGUAAAAUGCAUCUUCUUUUCACUUUAUAUUAAAGGCUAUGUUUUUAUUGCUAUUUAAUUUUCCUUUAUCCCCUUUUUAAAUCCAACGUCACGCAGCAGUUUGCUCUGUUAUAGUUUGAAGAAGCGGUUCCAAAAUCAUUGUAUGUCACUUCCUUACCAGGCCCCAUCAUUCUGCAGCUGCACUUAACUCUUUCAUUAGUUGCAUCUUCUCUUUUUUUAUUAUUUCCUUUCAUCAUGUACAUGUUUUUAGUCUCUCUUAGCCAUCUCGUCCACCACUAUCUCCCUCACAGCUUCUCCAGUCUGUAUAAUAGGUUCUUGUUUGUCUCUCUUGUCUUUUAGUUUUUAUUUUUAAAAAUGUUUUCAUCGUCCAUAAUCUGUUUUUGGGAUGUCGUGUGCCAUUGUGUUUUUCUGGAAGCGGGAGGUUUUCUCAGUUUCCGUAGGUUGGCCCAGAGAUCUGUGAGUGUUUUCGAUUCUAUAAUCGCUUUCUUUUCUUUCUUUUUUUUAAUGUUUCAUUCAUUUCUUUUCCCUUUUCAUAUUUGAUUGUUUUGAGUUUAUUUUGUUCUCUUUUCCCUUUGCUAUUUUUUCCUCUUGAUUUAUUUUACCCCAGAACAACCUGUUGGUAUGUUGGUGAGUGAGGCAUUGAGGUCAAUAGAUUCAUCUUGUUCAGAUUAUGGAGUACAACAUCUUUUUUUAAGAAAAGUAUUAAAAUAAUAUUUAAAAAAAAGUUUAAA